CCCGGAGAACCGGCCGCAUGCAUAUAGGCCUGCGCGCGUCGCGUGGCGAGAGCAUAUACAAGACGCACCGCUCUUGCGCAGCCUUUCUCGCUGCCCACGGAUACCCACCACACACUCGUCUAAGCGCCGUAGUGCCGGGCUUCGUCAGCGGUGCCGAAGGUCAAACAUGCACGUCUCUCUGCUGGUCGUAGCGGUGUUCUACGCUAUCACCGUGUCGCACUCGACGGCGCACGUUCAAUGGGGGGACUUCAUGCAAUGCCUGCAGCGGAGGUUCGGCCGAAGUUUCUUCCAGGAACAACACGCCGACUGCGCCGCACGAAAGCUCUUCGUCAACUACAGGCGAUCGAUGUACUGCCAUAAUUGCAACGCCUACUUCCACUGCCAGGGCAACUACGAGGCCAUCUACGACUGUCAGCGCGACGGCCGCGCCCAAGAAGUGGCCGAGGCGUUCAGCGACUGCCGCGAGCACUUGGAAGGCAGCGGCUCGGACAACUUCGUGUACAACGAGAUCGACCUGUACGGCAGACAGGGAGGAAACUGCACGCAGGCCUACCUCAUCGACAGCCCCCGCUGUCACUACAACCCGGCGACCGUGGUCUGCAACAACACGCGCAUCGAGCCGGAGUCCUUCGAAGAGGACGAAUCAUGAUCCACUCGCGGCAUCAAUUAAAAUGGACCGACUCACAUGUGGCACGAGAUGUAACAUUGAAUCAUUACUUCUAACAUAAAGCCGCC